AUGUCAAUUAUGCCAGUUAAGAACGCCUUGGCGCAAGGGAGGACGCUCCUCAUGGGGAGGAUGCCUGCUGUAAAGUUUUCUACAAGAAUGCAAUUAAGAAAUAGAACUGCGGUGCUAUGGAAUAGAAAGUUUUCCACGCGUCUUUUCGUUCAGCAACGACGCAGUUCUGGAGAGAUUGUGGAUCGUGCCAAAGCUGCUGCCGCAAAUAGCGGAAGAAAACAGGUCUCCAUGAAAUGGGUUGUUUUAACUAGUUUCACCAUUGUUCUAGGAACCAUUUUACUAGUGUCAAGGAAUGAUAGUACAGAGGAGGAUGCUACAGAGGGCAAAAAAGGGAGAAGGACAAGAAAAAUCAAAAUAUUUAACAAUAAUUGGCUCUUUUUCUGCUAUUCUACUUUACCGCUGAAUGCGAUGUCUCGAUUAUGGGGCCAAGUAAAUUCUCUUACGUUACCCAUUUGGGUUAGACCAUGGGGUUACAGGUUAUAUUCUUUCCUUUUUGGAGUUAACUUGGACGAGAUGGAAGAUCCUGAUUUGACACAUUAUGCAAAUUUAUCCGAAUUUUUCUAUCGUAACAUAAAACCAGGCACACGUCCAGUAGCACAAGGCGAAGACGUUAUAGCUUCUCCAAGUGAUGGAAAGAUUUUACAAGUUGGUAUAAUCAACUCUGAAACUGGCGAAAUCGAACAAGUCAAGGGAAUGACAUAUUCCAUCAAAGAAUUCCUUGGCACUCACUCCCACCCCUUGAUGUCUAAGAGUGCAUCUAGUCUAGAUUUGACUUCUGAUGAGGAAAAGCAUAGAGAAUUCGCCAGGGUAAAUAGAAUACAAUUAGCGGGUUCCGAAGACACUGAACAGCCUCUUCUUAACUUUAAAAACGAGGGCGAUCAAUCUGUUCGAGAGUUCAAACCAAGUGUGUCCAAAAAUAUACAUCUUUUAAGUCAACUUUCUUUAAACUACUUCUCUAAUGGGUUUUCGUGCUCUGAGCCUCAUGAUACGGAACUUUUCUUUGCCGUCAUUUAUUUGGCUCCCGGUGAUUACCAUCAUUUCCACUCUCCAGUUGACUGGGUUUGUAAGGUUCGCCGCCAUUUCCCAGGUGAUUUAUUCUCCGUGGCACCUUAUUUCCAGCGUAACUUCCCUAAUCUUUUCGUUCUAAAUGAAAGAGUUGCUUUGUUGGGUAGUUGGAAGUACGGAUUUUUUAGCAUGACUCCUGUUGGUGCAACAAAUGUUGGUUCAAUCAAGUUGAAUUUUGAUCAAGAAUUUGUGACAAAUUCAAAGAGCGACAAACACUUGGAACCACAUACCUGCUACCAGGCAGUAUAUGAGAAUGCAAGUAAAAUAUUGGGAGGGAUGCCUUUGGUUAAGGGUGAAGAAAUGGGUGGCUUUGAAUUGGGUAGCACUGUUGUACUUUGUUUUGAAGCUCCCACUGAAUUUAAGUUCGAUGUUAGGGUUGGUGAUAAGGUUAAGAUGGGACAGAAAUUAGGCAUAAUUGGAAAGAAUGAUUUAAAAUGA